AAUCAAUACUUCCCUUUCACACCUACUUCUCCAACAUCAUCUCACACCACAGUCCCUCAUACAUGGCUACCCCAGCUCCGCCUGCGGCCGGGAACACGGCCUACCAAACAAGGAGCGCACCUUUCUUUGAAAUAUCAUGUUACGUCUCCCGUGGCAAAUGCGUAGGGACUGGCCGCAGCCUCAUGGAGACCGAGCUCAUGCAGGCAAGAGAUGAGGUCAAGAAGCGCAUCCACGAACUUUAUGAGCAAGGGGUUCCCUUCUUUAGUAAGAAGGUCUUCCAGCACGCUUUGGAACAAAUUGAGCAUUGCCGCAACGCACCCACACCCCCUAACGGUGCGAAGGCCCCCAUCAUCUCCAUGCCAACAGUCGACGGGCGAGUAGUCGAGUAUGUAUUAGAGACCGGAUCAGUGAAGCCCUACCAUCCCGACGAGUGGAAGGACACUGAGUUCGUUGUAGGAGAUCCCUAUCUCGAUUACCGUGCAGUUCAGCACUUGACUCGGUCUGACGACAUCGACCUCUUCGACCCUGACGCGGCAUAUUCUCCAACACAGCUACUCUACCCGCUGUUGGUGAGAGACAAGGCAACCGGCGAGUUUCUGGUCCCUUCUGACUGCGCCUCGGUGGCCAAUCUGCGCGAAGCAUUCGCCGCUGGAGUCAAGAGCUGGGAAGACAGCGAGGAUUGCAAAGACUUGCGAUCUCUGCUCGAAACCAGAGACCGGCGGCUGCCCAAAGUCAGCAAGAUCGUCGCCUUUGCCUGCUCGACCAUGGCCGUUGUGACCGACGACGAAGCGAGACGAUCGCGCAUCAUACACCAACACGCUCUGAUGCUCACGCUCCGGGACAUCUUCUCCCGUCAGCAGCAGCAGCCCGGCGAAGGAGCGCCAGAGAUCAAGUGCUUCGCCCAAGACCCAAGUUACACCGAAACCGACGCAGCGGUACUGCAAGAAACCGGCAUCACCGUGCUCGGCGACCCGCGAGGGUUCCUCGAGGUCGACGAUGAGAGCAUCGUCAUCUCCUUCAGCCCCAACAUACCCGUCCGGCAGGUCAUCGCCGACAUCGCCCGCCCGGCCGUCCUGGCAUGGAACCACGUAAAGUCCGAGCCCGAGGAAGCUGCUUUCUGUAACUGUAUGUGGCCCGGCCAUGGGCCGGAGCAUUUCUGUGAUCCCGGCUCCUCGCGUCUGCGAGACAUGGUGCGGGACUACUACCAUGAGCCGGUCCGCCUUGGCCCUGAGAAAGCGUUCGGGGAGGCAAGUGUGUACAUCCGGCGGGAGUAGACAGACGAUAGGCCUUGAUAUGCCUCGACUCGUGGCUUUGGGCAGGUAGCCAGCUUUGACUUUGAUAUUGCCUGGCUGUGGGGGUCAGGAUGGGGACGCUCAAAUUGGAUUCCCCAUCAAGAAGCAUUGCUAAGCAGGAUUCGAGUCCGAACUCCCCUGAAUCUUACUCCCGCCUUGUUGACCCCCCAUGUCCCCUCUAAUCAAGCAUCUCCGCCACCGAUCAGCCUGCCUCCCGUG